AUGCGGAUCAAAGCACUUCGUCUAGAGAGAUUUACUUCGUACAAAGAUCAUACUAAUAUUGACAAUCUGUCUCCUGGUGUCAAUGUUAUUGUUGGUCGUAAUGGCGCUGGAAAAUCGAAUCUCUUCGCUGCCAUAAGUUUCGUGCUAGGAGAAACUUUGAACGAGGCUCCAGAUGAUGGCCGCCGCAGUGUCGUUUUCAACGACCGCCACAGUUCAACUAUGCAAGCGUGGGUUGAGAUUACUUUUGAUAAUAGCGACAGAACAUUUCCAUUAAGUGGAAACGAGAUUGUUGUCAGACGAACGAGCUCACCUCGAAAUGAUUCGUAUCAUCUCAAUGGAAAGCCAAUAUCUCUGAAGGAGCUCAAAACUUUUCUAGAGUCCGGAGGUUUCAGUGGGGCCAAUCAGUUUUAUAUUGUACCUCAGGGACGUGUUUCGGCACUGGCUACGGCCUCCGACGAGGAACGACUAUCUGUUGUUCUUUCAAUUUCAGGGGCAACUCUCUACAAUAAAAGGCGUGCACAGUCCCUGGAGUUACUUUCAGAAACAGACAAAGAGUUAAUAAAGACCAAAUCGCGUUUAUCACAGAUAAAGUCGCGUCUUGAGGGCCUCAAACUUGAAAUGACGGAUCUAGAACGGUAUCUUGAUAUCGUUGGCAAAAAGCAUAGCAUAGAAUUCGUUCUCCUCCAGCGCGAGAGUGUGCGACUGGAUGAUAUAUUGAAUUCCUUAGCUGAAGAGCAAGAAGGAAUUCGCACGAAAAGGAUUAGUCUCCAGACGGCACUAAAUAGUGCAGCUGACGCCGUAGUUGACAGCGAGGAGGCUAUCAGCGAAAUUCGAAACAAGAUUGCGAUCUGCAAAAGCACUCGAGAGAUUUUUAAGGCUAGUCAUGCUUCUCUAGAAGAUGAAUUAUACCAACGGAGGAGAGAUGCAAAUUUAAUGGAAGACUCUCAGGGAGACAAGGUGGAUAUUCCGAAAAUUCAAAUGGAGCUGUCUAACGUGAAGGACGAAAACACCAGGCUAGAGCACAUCACUCAGGAAAAACUGUGUUUAUUAAAUCGCAUUCAACAAAAACUAAGAGGUUUAGAAGCAGAAAAGACUCAAUUGGAGUGUGACAUUGGCCAACGCGGCACUUUUACGGCUAAUGAGCGCGAAAAAUGGAUCUCCGAUAAAAUCAGUGAAUUCAUGUUGAACCUCAAGUCCAUCGAAGCAACAAUAUUGAGCUCAAAAACUAGUAUUUCGGGGCUUAGAAACGAGCUUUCUGAACAUCAACAAAACCUCGAGGCGCAGAACGCUUCAAUAGAUGUCAAAGCUUCGCUAGUUCGCAAAACCGAAGAAGCCUUUUGUCAAGCUGAGAAGGCCCUAGAGAGUCUCGAGUCGAAGAGAAGCCGUGCAAUGCUUGAUGUUAAAAAGUCUACAGUGUUGUUAAAUGCUGAGGAGCAGAAAAUCGCUGCUUUGGCAAAGAAACUACAGCGGAACAUUUCCCAAUCAACACUCAGCGGUAUUCUGGCGGUACGUCAAAUCGCGAGAGAUCUUGGUCUGGAGGAUCAAGUCCACGGAACGGUUGCAGAGCUUAUAACUAUCGCUCCGCAGUUUCAAACUGCCGUUGAGCGUGUUGGCGGGAAUUCGCUUUUGAAUAUUGUUGUCAAAGAUUCGCUGGUAGCAAAGCAGAUGAUUGAUGAGCUUUUGGCGAGAAAAAACGGUACUAUAACCUUUCUGCCAUUGGAUUUGAUCCGGCAAAGGCCAUCACCAACAAUUUCUAGUCGAAAUGACGAAGCUCUUUUACUGAGCGACUACAUUGAGGUGACUAAAGGAUUCGAGGUUGUCGUAGAUCACAUUUUUGGUGGAAUCUUAGUCUGCUCGAAACUGGCCCUUGCUCAUCAGUAUAGCAGAAAAACAGGGUGUAUCGCUGUGUCCCUUAUGGGCGAGGUAGUGGAUCCUAGAGGUGCUGUCAGUGGCGGGUAUUCCAGGCGUGAUGGGUCGAAGACCUCUUUUGUAGCUGAUGUGGUGAGACUGCGAGAAAUGGAAACGAAAAUUUGCGAACACAGAGCUAAAGCAAAACAGGCACAGCACAUGGUAGAAUCUUUAAAAUCUGACAUCACUGCUGGUCACAAUAAGGUCACUGAAGCCUUGUUGAUGUCGCGAAAUGCGCAGAGUGAACUUGAUCUCGAACAAUGCCGACUCGAAUCUUUAUCGGCUAUCAUUGAGACCGUGGAAAGGCAGCUUUCAAAACAAGAGUCCGAGGUCGCCAGCUUUGAGAAGAACCAAGCGGAUAUUCUUGCACAAAUUGAGCACCUGCAACAUAAUACGAGUUCCUCUCUUUGUGAAGCACCAUUUGACGAACACCGAAGUCUGCAGGUUGAACAUGAGAUAGCAGAACUAGCAGAGGAGUUUACUCGUAUUGAAAGUGAAUUGAAACCUCUUGAACGACGACUAGGCUUAAAUCACUCGGUCAUCAAGAAGCUUUCAGAGCAAGUUUCUCGGUAUAAUGCGGGAAGCCGGUCUGGCAAUCUUCCUGGUUCAGUCUCAGCAUAUCAAUCGGUCAAACGCACUGAAGAAGAACUAGAAAGCAAUUGGACGAAAGUUACUACAGUUGAGUCGGAGCUCGUGGAGCUAGAUGAAUUGCUCCUCCGAAAUCAAAGUGAGCUUGAAGCUCGCCGAAAUGCAAGUGAUAACACAGCUCGCAUGCUUUACCUACAAGAGCGACAAUCAGCGAAAUUAGAUCUGAAACUUCAAAGCUUGCAGGCACUUAAAACAGAUAACAGCAAGAAAGCAAGCGAAGUGCGCCAGGUAUCGGAGAUUGUGUUGGAACUUCAGAACCUGACGACAAACGAGCUCGACCACGAGCUAGAGCUAACAAAUUCUACGUUGAAAAAUUUUGAUCAUGUCAACAAAAGAUCAAUCGAGCAGUUUCAGACUUACUCACAAGAAUUGGAAGAGCUCGAGGAUAGACACGGCACUCUAAACCGUGAUAUGGUGUCUGUUGGCAAGUUGAUUGACAGGUUGGAUCAGGACAAGAAUGACGAUAUCCGAAACUCGUUUGAGAAGGUUAAUAAAGCUUUUCAAGAGAUUUUCGCGAGGCUGACCGGUCGCGGUGCCAACUUGGCAUUGGAUGAAAGUCAAGCUGGCGAACAAGAUCAUGAGAACUCCGAUUUUAAAGGUGUUAGGCUCGAGGUGGACUUUGGCGACGGUUUAAGGCAAACUCAACAACUCAGUGGAGGCCAAAAGACAAUCUGCGCAUUGGCUCUGAUAUUUGCAGUACAGUCAUUCGAGCCAGCUCCCUUUUAUGUGUUUGACGAGAUUGAUGCCAGUUUAGAUCCAAGUUUUCGUCGAGCUGUGGCAUCGCUAAUUUCUGAGGUCUCCUCUGAAAAACAUUGUCAGUUCAUCUGCACGACGUUUCGUCCUGAGCUCGUUUCGGUAUCGUCCCAGCUAUAUGGAGUAUCAUUUGCCAAAGGAGCUUCCCAAGCAUUACCUGUCACUAAACAGAUAGCUCUUUCAUUUGUAGAUGCCGAUGAUGAGACAGUGAGUUCAGCAAUUCAUAGCUCUAGUUAG